AUGUUUUAUAUUAUCUAUCUAUUCUAUCGCAAAAUCUCUCGCCUGUGUGUGAGAGAGAACGGCUUGUUUGACCCCUGCGAUUCAUCACCCUGUCAGAAUGGAGGAAUAUGCUCUCCUGCUGAUGGUCAAUACUCAUGCCAAUGUCCAAACACUCAUAUUGGAACAAACUGCGGUGAAACAGUGUUUGACCCCUGCGAUUCAUCACCCUGUCAAAAUGGAGGAAUAUGCUCUUCCGCUGAUGGUCAAUACUCAUGUCAAUGUCCAAACACUCAUACUGGAACAAACUGUGAAACAGUGUUUGACCCCUGCGAUUCAUCACCCUGUCAAAACGGAGGAAUAUGCUCUUCUGCUGAUGGUCAAUACUCAUGCCAAUGUCCAAACACUCAUAUUGGAACAAACUGUGAAACAGUGUUUGACCCCUGCGGUUCAUCACCCUGUCAAAAUGGAGGGAUAUGCUCUUCUGCUGAUGGUCAAUACUCAUGUCAAUGUCCAAACACGCAUACUGGAACAAACUGCGGUGAAACAGUGUUUGACCCCUGCGAUUCAUCACCCUGUCAAAAUGGAGGGAUAUGCUCUUCCGCUGAUGGUCAAUACUCAUGUCAAUGUCCAAACACUCAUACUGGAACAAACUGUGAAACAGUGUUUGACCCCUGCGAUUCAUCACCCUGUCAAAAUGGAGGGAUAUGCUCUUCCGCUGAUGGUCAAUACUCAUGUCAAUGUCCAAACACUCAUACUGGAACAAACUGUGAAACAGUGUUUGACCCCUGCGGUUCAUCACCCUGUCAAAAUGGAGGGAUAUGCUCUUCUGCUGAUGGUCAAUACUCAUGUCAAUGUCCAAACACGCAUACUGGAACAAACUGCGGUGAAACAGUGUUUGACCCCUGCGAUUCAUCACCCUGUCAAAAUGGAGGGAUAUGCUCUUCCGCUGAUGGUCAAUACUCAUGUCAAUGUCCAAACACUCAUACUGGAACAAACUGUGAAACAGUGUUUGACCCCUGCGAUUCAUCACCCUGUCAAAAUGGAGGAAUAUGCUCUUCUGCUGAUGGUCAAUACUCAUGCCAAUGUCCAAACACUCAUACUGGAACAAACUGUGAAACAGUGUUUGACCCCUGCGAUUCAUCACCCUGUCAGAAUGGAGGAAUUUGCUCUCCUGCUGAUGGUCAAUACUCAUGCCAAUGUCCAAACACUCAUAUUGGAACAAACUGCGGUGAAACAGUGUUUGACCCCUGCGAUUCAUCACCCUGUCAAAAUGGAGGAAUAUGCUCUUCUGCUGAUGGUCAAUACUCAUGUCAAUGUCCAAACACUCAUAUUGGAACAAACUGUGAAACAGUGUUUGACCCCUGCAAUUCAUCACCCUGUCAGAAUGGAGGAAUAUGCUCUUCUGCUGAUGGUCAAUACUCAUGCCAAUGUCCAAACACUCAUAUUGGAUCAAACUGUGAAACAGUGUUUGACCCCUGCGAUUCAUCACAGUGUCAAAAUGGAGGGAUAUGCUCUUCUGCUGAUGGUCAAUACUCGUGUCAAUGUCAAAACACUCAUACCGGAACAAACUGUGAAACAGAGAUUGACCCAUGCGAUGCCCAACCUUGUAGAAAUGGAGGGACGUGCUCUUCCGGUAACGCUGUUUACUUAUGUCAGUGCCCAAGUACACACGAGGGAACAGAUUGUGAGAUCGCUAAGCCUGCAUGUAGCACAACUGAAUGCGGUAGGGGAGAAGUUUGCAAUCCUGAUACUGACAUGUGUGAAUGCAGAAGCAAUCUUGUAAGAACAUCAAACGGGCAAUGUAGGAGACCUUACACCUUCUCAAUCUUUAUUGCCAUCGUGGUCUUGGACGAUAUCACAUCGUUUGAGGACAUUGUCAAUAACCCUGACACCCCAUACGCAUUGGCCAUCAGACAACGAAUUAUUCUAAUGCUGUAUAGCAUUUUCCGGCCAAGGUAUGGCAACCGCUUCUACGGCAUCAGGUUCAACUCCUGGCGACUUGGAAGUCUUGAAGUUGAUGUUGAAAGCAUGUUUGAGGAUGAUCCUGAGUCUGAACAGACUCCGACACGGACAGAAGUAGCUGAGGCCCUUACAGCUGAUCUUCAAGAUAGUAAUACAACAUAUGGAAUCUUGGUGGAUCCAGAGAGAACAAUCAUUUCCGACAUUGACGAGUGUUCUAACAUCACACUGAAUGACUGUAGCACGAAUGCAGAGUGUACCAACCUAGAAGGCAGCUACAACUGUACCUGUCUUUCCGGAUACACCGAUACCAGCCCUAACGGGUCGGAUCCAGGAACGCAGUGUGAAGCUAAUGGUAUGAGUGAAGGGGCCAUUGUAGGCCUGGCUGUCGGGGGUGUCGUCAUCGUAUUGGUGGUCGUCGUCCUGAGCUUAUGUACACUCGCAGCGAGGCGUCAGAUGAUGUAUCACCGCAGAAUGGCGGCAACGUCGCCCAUCAGCAAACUGGGCAUGAUGCCAGAGGCGGGACCGGCUGUGAUUCCUUGGCAAGACAAAGAUACUUACGCAGGGAGCAAACACAGAUCUGAUAUGGAGAUGGGCUCCGUGGAGAAACCAGGCGAUGAUGAAGGACUCUACUUCUCGGGAGUAUAUGAUAAUCACGGAUUUAAUCGAGUCUACAUGGCGACAGGAAAGAGUGGAUCGACACGUGGGCAAUACUACCAUGACUAGUGAAUACAUGAAGAAAGAGAGCAAAUUGCAUCAUUCCAAACAGACACCAUAAAUAUUCAAAUUAAUUUAUUUCAUAUCUCACGAAAAAAUGGGUUUGACCCAAUUUGACCAACUAUACUGCUCCAGUUUGACAUAAGUGCCAGACGCGAUGUGGGGUUUUCUACGCUUUCCCCCUGCUUUCUUGGUUUUUACGCCUUCGUCCGUAUACAUGAUUUACAUACUUUUGCAUCCUUUGUUUGUUCAUGAUAUUAUUUAUUUGUAUAUUCUGGAUGAAAAUGGAUGAAAUGUCAAUCGGAAGAGAAUAAAUGUUUAGUUGAAAUGAA